GAGCUGCGGCUCACUCCAGCUGCCCGACAGGAAGAGGUUCUGCCGGUUCCUGGAGCUCCUGUCACCCCGCAGCCUGCGCCCCCUGGAGCUCGCCAGGAAGCUGGAGUGGGUGCUGCCACCAUGGGCUCUGAGGACCACGGGGCCCAGAACCCCAGCUGCAAAAUCAUGACGUUCCGCCCGACCAUGGAGGAGUUUAAGGACUUCAACAAAUACGUGGCCUACAUAGAAUCGCAGGGAGCCCACCGGGCAGGCCUGGCCAAGAUCAUCCCCCCGAAGGAGUGGAAGCCCAGGCAGACCUACGAUGACAUCGACGACGUGGUGAUCCCCGCCCCCAUCCAGCAGGUGGUGACCGGGCAGUCGGGCCUCUUCACGCAGUACAACAUCCAGAAGAAGGCCAUGACCGUGGGGGAGUACCGCCGCCUGGCCAACAGCGACAAGUACUGCACUCCGCGGCACCAGGACUUCGACGACCUGGAGCGCAAGUACUGGAAGAACCUCACCUUCGUCUCUCCCAUCUACGGGGCGGACAUCAGUGGCUCUUUGUACGAUGACGACGUGGCGCAGUGGAACAUCGGGAGCCUCAGGACCAUCCUGGACAUGGUGGAGCGCGAGUGCGGCACCAUCAUCGAGGGCGUGAACACGCCCUACCUGUACUUCGGCAUGUGGAAGACCACCUUCGCCUGGCACACGGAGGACAUGGACCUGUACAGCAUCAACUACCUGCACUUCGGGGAGCCCAAGUCCUGGUAUGCCAUCCCGCCGGAGCACGGCAAGCGCCUGGAGCGGCUGGCCAUCGGAUUCUUCCCCGGGAGCUCUCAGGGCUGCGACGCCUUCCUGCGGCACAAGAUGACGCUCAUCUCGCCCAUCAUCCUGAAGAAGUACGGCAUCCCCUUCAGCCGGAUCACGCAGGAGGCCGGCGAGUUCAUGAUCACGUUCCCCUACGGCUACCACGCGGGCUUCAACCACGGCUUCAACUGCGCAGAGUCCACCAACUUUGCCACCCUGCGGUGGAUUGAUUACGGCAAAGUUGCCACUCAGUGCACCUGCCGCAAGGACAUGGUGAAGAUCUCCAUGGACGUGUUCGUGCGCAUCCUGCAGCCCGAGCGCUACGAGCUCUGGAAGCAGGGCAAGGACCUGCCGGUGCUGGACCACACGCGGCCCACGGCCCUGAGCAGCCCCGAGCUCAGCUCCUGGAGCGCCUCCCGCGCCUCGCUCAAGGCCAAGCUCCUCCGCAGACAAAUUAGUGUGAAGGAAAACAGACCCUGGAGAAAGACUGAGGAGGAGAGGAGGCCGAGUCUAGAGAGGAGGAAAGAGCAGACCAGGAAGCCGGGGCCGGCGUCGCACCGGAAGCGGACUCAGCCCAAGAAGCCCAAGGCUGAAGACCCCAAAUCUCCAGAGGAGGGAGCUGCGGCAGCCCUUCUGGAGGAGGCUGGAGGCUGCGUGAAGGAGGAGGCCACACAGGAGGCUGACCCGGAGGAGGAGGAAGAAGAGCUGCAGCCGCCCCAGGGCCUUCUGCAGGAUGCCGAGGGCACCGAAGAGGACGGGCGGGGCAAGCUGCGGCCAGGCAAGGCCAAGAGCGACCGCAAGAAGAAGAGCCACGGCCCCCUCUCGCCCCAGCUGCCGCCACCCCCCGCAGCCCCACUCCCCGCCGAGGACGCCCUGCGGCUGCCGCCCGCGCUGGAGCCCCCGGUGCUGCUCCCAGGCUCUGCGGCCUCGGAGGAGAGCCCGCCGCCCGCACCCCUCAACGUGGUGCUCCCCGAGGCGCCCGGCGAGGAGCACGAGGCCCGGCCGCGGCCCAUCAUCCCCAUGCUCUACGUGGUGCCCCGGGCCAGCACGGCCGGGCCUGACAAGGACCUGGCGCCCGGCCCGCAGGCCGCCCCCAUGGAGCUGACGGGCCCCGAGGAGGACACCAGGGGCCACGCCGGGGCGGUGCAGGUACCAGCGUCCUUUCCCAAAUUAAAGAUGGAGAUCAAGAAGAGCCGGCGCCACCCCCUGGGCAGACCACCCACCCGGUCCCCGCUGUCUGUGGUCAAGCAGGAGGCCUCAAGUGACGAGGAAUCCCUGCCUUUCUCCGGGGAGGAGGACAUGAGUGACCCCGAGGCCUUGAGGUCCCUGCUGUCCCUGCAGUGGAAGAACAAGGCAGCCAGCUUCCAGGCCGAGCGCAAGUUCAAUGCCACAGCCGCCCGGACUGAGCCCUACUGCGCCAUCUGCACCCUCUUCUACCCCUACAGCCAGUCCCUGCAGAUGGAGAAGGAGGCCCCGCCAGCCUCUGUUGGGGAGGGCCCCUCCGCCUCGCCACCUUCCAAAAGCGGCCAGAAGACUCGGCCUCUGAUCCCAGAGAUGUGCUUCACCUCCAGUGGGGGCAACACUGAGCCGCUGCCCGCCAGCUCCUGUGUGGACGACGAGGGGACCAGCCCGCUGAUCGCCUGUGCCAAGUGCUGCCUGCAGGUCCAUGCCAGUUGCUAUGGCGUCCGCCCCGAGCUGGUCAAGGACGGCUGGACGUGCUCCCGGUGCACAGCGCAUGCCUGGACUGCGGAGUGCUGCCUGUGUAACCUCCGGGGGGGAGCACUGCAGACCACCACCGACAGCAGGUGGAUCCACGUCAUCUGUGCCAUCGCCGUCCCCGAGGUGCGGUUCUUGAAUGUGGCCGAGCGCCAGCCUGUCGACGUGGGGGGCAUUCCCGAGCAGCGGUGGAAGCUGAAAUGUGUGUACUGCCGCAAGAGGAUGAAGAAGGUGUCGGGGGCCUGCAUCCAGUGCUCCUACGAGCACUGCUCCACGUCCUUCCACGUGACCUGUGCCCACGCCGCCGGGGUCCUCAUGGAGCCGGACGACUGGCCCUAUGUGGUGUCCAUCACCUGCCUCAAGCACAAGUCUGGGGGACACGCUGUCCAGCUCCUGAGGGCCGUGUCCUUAGGCCAGGUGGUCAUCACCAAGAACCGCAACGGGCUCUACUACCGCUGCCGCGUCAUCGGCAGCACCACGCAGACCUUCUACGAAGUGAACUUCGAUGACGGCUCCUACAGUGACAACCUGUACCCCGAGAGCAUCACUAGUAGAGACUGCUUGCGGCUGGGGCCCCCUCCCGAGGGCGAGUUGGUGGAGCUCCGGUGGACGGACGGCAACCUCUACAAGGCCAAGUUCAUCUCCUCCAUUACCAGUCACAUCUAUCAGGUGGAGUUUGAGGACGGCUCCCAGCUGACCGUGAAGCGUGCGGACCUCUUCACCCUGGAGGAGGAGCUCCCCAAGAGGGUGCGCUCGCGGCUGUCGCUCAGCACCGGGGCGCCGCAGGGACCUGCCUUCUCGGCCGAGGAGGUGAAGGCCGCCAAACGCCCGCGGGUGGGCACCCCGCUCACCGCCACCGAGGACCCCGGGCGCAGCCCAGACUACCUGGCCUUCGUGGAGAGCCUGCUGCAGGCGCGGGGCCGGCCCGGGGCCCCCUUCUAGGACAGCGGCCGCCGAGCCCCCCUCAGCCCAGCGCGGCGGACAUGGUGGGCCUGGGCGUCUGCUCGCUGUGGGUUCCUGUCCUCGCCUCCCGGCCGAGAGGCCACCUCCGCGCCACAGGUGCCCCUCCAGGGCGACAGGAGCGAGCAGGACGCCAAUGCGGCCUGGACUCAGGGAGCAGGGCCAGCGGGCUGGGGAGGCCGUGGCUGGCGCCGCCUACGGGACGCCUGGGGCUCGCCGCGAGCCCCGUUCUCCAAGGUGCUACGCACUGCUGCUGAGCAGCCACGCGACUGAACAGAGCCGCCUGCGGGCCCGCGACACCCGGUACAGGGCCAGAGAGGGACGGCCGCCGGCCCCGCCUCUCAGGUCUGUGGCUCCACCAACAGGACGGACGAGACAGACACAUUCUUUUUCGCAAAACCGACGGCGCUGAGAGCCAGAAGCCACCUUGGCACCAUUGUUUGUUUGUGUUGUUUUGAGAUGUCACCUGUCCACUGCGCAGGAGGGAGGGCACCCGGAAGGGCAGGACGCGGUGACAGCCGGGACCCACUGGCUGGGGCUCCCUGACGGGUGGCCAGGCCUCCCCCUCUGCACCUGGAGCCGCAGGCCCAGCCCGUCCUGCGCAGACCUCUGGGAAGGUCGCUGCCCGGCAAGGAGCAUGUCGGAGCGCCCCCAGGCUGGCCGUCCCCAGGCCGGCGUGAGGCUCCUUCCCGUGAGCAUGGCUGGGCUGCCCGCUCCUGGCAAGCGUGGCUGCCCCGGGUUUGGCAGCGAGGCCCCUAGUGGACGUGGGGGUGCAGGGCGAGUCUAGCGCUGCAGGGGCCAGCCCGACUGCCUGCCCUGUGUGUAGCGGACCCCGGGACCCUCCCCUUCCACUGUCCCAUGUCCUCGGAGAGGGACCUGGGGUCUGUGUGGCCAAGGAAGAGCAGGUGCGUCCUGCCUGGGCUUGCAGAGACCGUGGGAGCCGCCGGGUGGGCUGAGGAGCUGCCCGGCCUGACCUGUGUCCGCCCCGCACCCCCGGCCUUCUCCAUCCUGGCCGCCCCCUGUCCCCGGGAGGGGCUGAGGGCUGGUCAGCUUGUAUAAAGAAGAGUUUUCCAAGUGUCCUGUGUGGCCAGGCAGAGGGAGUCUGAGGGAGGUGGCCGCCAGGCCUGGGUGGCCCGGGCGACCCGAGGCGGCAGGGCGUGGGGUGGCCCAGGGGCACCCUCUGCAUGCAGCAGCCGCCCAUGUCCCCAUGUCCCUGUGUCCCCGUGUGGGUCAAGAUGCUAUUUAUAUUGUAUGGAGUGGGCGGGGCCAGGGCCUGGGCACAGCUCCGGCCUCCCUGGGGGACUGCGGGGACUGCGGUGGCCGCAAGCAGCAGGCAGGUCGCACAGCUCCUGGGCACGCGGGACCCAGGGCCCCGCCGAGACGUCGGAUGCGCUGUACUUUCGCCUAACUUCCUGCUCUAGGUUCACAUGGAUUAAAGGCUCACUCCAACGCCC